AAAAAAAAAAAUUAUUGUCCAACAGUUUUGACGUGGAAGAAAAGCCUCCCAUAAAAAUCUUUCUUGCAGUUCAAGCGACCCACGACGUCAUUUCUGGCAAGAAAACAAAAGAGAGAGAAAAAAAAAAAAAAAAGAGAGCUAAAUAACGGAAAAGGAUACCAGAGAAAGAAAGAGUGGAGGGGAGAAGGAUGGAGACUGAGACAUACCUCCUUCUCCGGUGACUCUCACGAUGGAGGCAGAGUUUCUCACGUAAACAAAAAACCAGAAACGACAAAUCAACAAAAAGGGCCCAACCAAGAAUUGAAAGAGGCAAGGACCAUGAACAACAGACGUCGGUAAACAAACAUUAAUGGGUCUAUAGGGAAAGAAAACGAGGAUACCUCACAGCUUAAAUGCAUGGAAGCCUUCCAAACUUGAAUUUCUUUGGAAUUGAGUGGGUGAUUUUGUUGUCGAUUCCAAUAUUUGCUCAUUCAAUCCAACGGGAAGCAUGGAUCAAAUGGGUGUGUGUAAUGAAGAAAAAUGGAUACAGCAUUAUAGCAACUCUCAUAAAAUACUGCUUGUGGGUGAGGGAAAUUUCUCUUUUGCUGUAUGUUUAGCAAAAACAUUUGGCACUGCUGAGAACGUGAUUGCCACCUCUUUUGAUUCCAAAGGGUUUUUGACGAAUGCGUAUACGAAUGCCAAUACCAAUUUGAAAGAACUGAAGAAGCGGAGAUGCACUGUUUUACAUCAUAUGGAUGCCCAUACUAUGCACCGACACCCUCACCUUCGUUCGAAAUUGUUCGACAGGAUAGUCUUCAAUUUUCCUCAUGCUGGUUUCAUUUGGCCGGAAUGCUGGAAGCCCCAAAUAGAACUUCACCGGAAGUUGGUUAGGGGUUUCUUGAGUAAUGCAAAUCACAUGUUGACAGAGAAUGGAGAAGUUCACAUUACCCACAAGACAACUCACCCUUUCAGUAAGUGGGAGAUAGUGGAGUUGGCAGAGGAGAUUGGGCUGUGUUUGGUUGAGAAAGUGCCAUUUGUAAGAUGGUACUAUCCAGGUUACGUUCAUAAGAGAGGAUCUGGGGCUAGAAUCAACCAGACAUUCCAUCUAGGAGAAUGCAGUACUUUCAAAUUCACCAGUAAAAUAUUAUUUCAUAACACCUUGAUUGAUGGUAUGUGUAAUGCUGGAAAACUUACCAUUGCAAGAGAAAUGUUUAGUAGUCUUCCUACGAAAGGCUUGCAACCUAAUGAUCGGACUUACAAUAUAAUGAUCAAUGGGUUUUGCAAAGAGGGACUACUAAAAGAGGCGAGGGAACUAUUUGAGAAAAUGAACAAGAACGGUUGUUCACCUGACCAUUUCACAUAUAAUAUAAUCAUCCAAGGCUUCUUGCAACAUAAUGAGACAUCAUGGGCAGUGAAAUAUUUCCAGAUGAUGGUUGACAAGGGUUUCUCUGCAAAUGUGACCACUAACACCAUUUGGACGAACUUGUUCUCCACUAAAAAGGUUGAACAAACUGUAAAAGUUUGGCAGAUUAAACAAGACAAGUAUGCAGAAAUGCAGAGAAGGAAGGAUGAGGAGCGUGAGGCAAAGGAGCGUAUGCUGGCUGAACAAGCUACAAGAGAUUGGCAGAGUAAACAAGACAAGUAUGCAGAAAUACAGAGGAGGAAGGAUGAGGAGCAUGAGGCAAAGGAGCGUAUGCUGACUGAACAAGCUGCAAGAGAUUGGCAAAGUAAACAAGACAAGUAUGCAGAAAUGCAGAGGAGGAAGGAUGAGGAGCGUGAGGCAAAUGAGAGUAUGCUGGCUGAACAAGCUGCAAGAGAUUGGCAGAGUAAUCAAGAUAAGUAUGCAGAAAUGCAGAGGAGGAAGGAUGAGGAGCGUGAGACAAAUGAGCGUAUGCUGACUGAACAAGCUGCAAGAGAUUGGCAGAGUAAACAUGUACAAGACAAGUAUGCAGAAAUGCGGAGGAGAAAGGAUGAAGAGCAUGAGGCAAAGGAGCAUAUACUGAAAGAAGAAGCAUUAAAGGCUCGUAGAGCCAGGGAGGAGGAAGCUACUACAUUAGAGUUUGAGAAGAGGAAAGGAGAUUUUGUGGAGAACAUAAAGCCACAAGGCCCAAUACAUUUGCCUCAGGAUGAAGAUGAACUAAGGCCACUUAAUCGAAGAUCAAAGCAGGCAAUGAGUUGUGUCAGCUUUUUGUGCUGUUAUUUUUUCUUUGAGAGAUGCUGGGGGUAUUAACUAUUUUACUAUUAGAGGACUUACUAAACUGAUGUGUAGUUCAUUCAUUAGAUAAAAACAAAACAAUUAAUUAAGAAAAAUGUAACGAAUAUCAAUGAAUAAGCUACACAUCAUGUUAAUAAGCAUCCGUCAGUAAAAAAAAAAAAAAAAAGUUAAUACCCAUACUAUUUCUCCUUUCUUUUACUUCUUAUAAAUUAUCUUGAGUAAUACUUUUAGGUAUUUUGUAGCUUUUAAUAGCGUGUACGUGGACUGCUUUUAGUGAUCUGUACGUAUGGUUAUUUAGGUGAGUUGGGGUAUUUUGUUUCUGAGUCUCUGUAAGUUUGGUGAUCAUUUCAAUGUAAGAAGAAGACAUAUGAGACUAAGCUUGAGACAGUUUCUUAGAAAUAAAAAUUAAAA